AUGGAGCGGCUGCACUCUCAGCCUCCACUUUCUUGGGCAGACUCCUCCUCCUGCCCAUUCACCCAUUCCAGGAUGUGCCUCAAGUCACAGCUGGUGGACCUCAAAGCCAAUGGCUACUGGGAUGAACUGCUGGACCACUACCGGCCAGACAUCGUGGACCCAGCUGAUCUUGGUAGUGUCCCUGUAACUAGGCCACUCUCUGGGGACAAGGGACUGGGUGGUAUUUCCCAAGGCAGCCUUUGUCUGCCAGCUCUUGGAGUGCAGAGAGAUACACAGUGCCUGGAGCCCAGCCUGAACCUCCUACCACCCCACAGGUUUGCGCCCUGCGGUGAUUGCGAAGGCACCUACCUCCUUAGUGUGAACCUGACCACAGAGGAUCUCAACUCCCUGGCAUACUUUCAGCCGCCACCUGUGACAUUUCACCAGUGGAACGAUGCUAAGUGGAGGGAGGUCUCCCAUACUUUCUCGGACUACCCUCCCGGUGUGCGUUAUGUCCUCUUCCAGCACGGGGGCCGGGAUACCCAGAACUGGGCUGGCUGGUAUGGGCCCCGUGUUACCAACAACAGCGUCACAGUCAGCCCUACCAGAAGGACCCUUAACCCAACCCCCAAGGGCACCGCUUGAUCCUGUCUGGCCCCCACAGGGGGCCUGGCCAAGGAUCUCAGACAAGGCCACAGACCACUGGGACUUCCUGCUAAUCGGGGCAAUUGCACCGUAAUAAAUAUUUUCAGUAAAA